GACACAACAGUGUUAAAUGUACUAGUGGAAAAGAUAAAGAAGGGCUCUUCCAAUCAGAAGCCAAGUUUGAAUAUUCUCUCUCUAAAAUUUUGCUCUCCGCGUUUUCGUCUCUAUCCGUCGCUUUUUACGCCGGUCUGUCGUCUCCGCCCCCCGCCGCCACCGACCCGACCCGGAGAUAAGUCUGUUACUGCUGGAUCUCCGAGCAAAAAUCGCUCAGGCGGAAGCAAGGAGAGGCAAAAUUAAGAGAAAUUGAAGUUUUUGAGCACCGGAAAAAAAGAGCUCACAAUUUCUGCUUCCGAUUCAUGGAAUUUGCCUCACGCCAUUACAAUGAAUCGCAUACAGAAUAUUUUCGGUCAUAGUUCCAACCGCCGGAAAAGUGACUCGGGCUCCGGUUCCGGCUCCAGCUCGAGCCCGAAGGCAGACAAGCCGAAGCCGAGGCUCGACCGGCUCAACGCCAUGAAGAACAUCAACUACGAGUACUCUCCUUCGUCCGCUUCAGCUUCUUCUUCGUCGUCGUCGUCUCACCACCCAUCCGAGGAAUCUCUGCGGACGCGGUCGCUCGAUUUGUACGGCGGCAAGACGAGUUUCAGGAUAGAAGGAAUAGACGGCGAGAUCGAAAUCAUCUGCAAAACCCUAGGGUUUGCAGGAAUUGAUGAUUUGUCCAUAUCCCCCGAGGAGUACGAGGCGAUGAAGGUGAGAUCUUCCUCUUCUGCUCCUGUUAACUUCACUCAGACGGUCGAGCCUUUGGUAGAUCGAAAAAUGGAGGUUAAUAACGAUAACGCUGUUGAAUUUUCAGAUUCAUUUAAUCGGAAAAUUGCAGAUAAUAGUAGGAACUAUGAGAGAAGCCAUGAGUAUGGUGGUAUCUGUAGGAAUAGGGCUGAUGCUUUUGGUGGUAGAAUAGGGGAUAGUGUGAGACCGAGUGAUGUAAUUCCAAGUGUUAGAUCGAAUGAACUCCGGGGAAAUGGGAUUAAGGGUGUGCGGCCGCCAGUUUUGGCACCACCGCCUUCAAUGUCGUUACCUCAGAUUGAUAAAGAAUGCUCGACUUGGGAUAUGUUCAGAGCCUUUGGUCCAGAAGGUGGCACAAGCAUUUCGAGGUUCGAACGAGGGUUAGGUGAAGAGGACAACGAGGGGGAUAGGAGGAGAAGGGGCAUGGGCAGGGAAGAGAACUGUGGGCUCUCUGGUUCGUGUUCUUUCACUUCGAAUGAUGAUGAUUCUUCAGAUACCACAACAGAGCCGUUGUCUAGUGUUUCACCAAACGGGAGAUUUAGACGCGUUAUAACGGAUUGGCAGAAGGGUGAGCUCUUGGGUCGUGGAUCAUUCGGAUCUGUGUAUGAAGGAAUCGCUGAUGGUGGGUUCUUUUUUGCUGCGAAGGAAGUAUCUUUACUUGACCAAGGGGAAGAAGGAAGGCAAAGUAUUAUUCAACUUGAACAGGAAAUUGAUCUUCUGAGUCAGUUUGAACAUGAGAAUAUUGUCCAGUAUUACGGCACACAGAGGGACGCAACACAUCUCUAUAUAUUUCUUGAGCUUAUUACCAAAGGCUCCCUUUUGAGCCUUUACCAGAAAUACACUCUCCGAGAUUCACAAGUCUCUGCUUACACAAGGCAGAUUCUGCAUGGUUUGAAAUAUCUGCAUGAGAGAAAUGUGGUCCACAGAGAUAUUAAGUGUGCAAAUAUAUUGGUAGACACGAACGGUUUGGUGAAACUUGCAGAUUUCGGUCUUGCAAAGGCUACUAAGUUGAAUGAUGUCAAGUCUUGCAAAGGGACUGUAUUUUGGAUGGCUCCUGAGGUUGUUAGGAGCCUCGGGUACGGGCUUGCAGCAGAUAUAUGGAGCCUCGGAUGCACUGUCCUCGAGAUGCUGACUGGACGUUUUCCAUACUCGAAUUUGGAAUGCGCGUCAGCGUUAUAUAGGAUAGGGAAUGGUGAGAGACCGGAAAUUCCGGGUUCUAUUUCGAGGGAUGUGCGUAAUUUCAUAGUGAAAUGUCUACAAGUCAACCCAAGUUUGAGACCAACAGCUGCUCAGCUUUUGGAUCAUCCCUUUGUGAAGAGACCUUUGCCUUCUUCUUCUGGCUUUACUUCUCCUCACUAUUUUCCCAGGCAGCAGAAUUUUUAAUAAUCACAAGGUAAAAAUGUUUUAGGAGUUUUUCGAUAGUUGUCUUAAUUUGUACCACUUUUUUGUUUAGUUUACGGUAAAUUUUAUUUAUGUAAAAAAAAAAAAAGUUAACUGUGUAUGUAUGUAUAUAUGUAUUUUCAGCUGUAAGAUGGUGUAGGAUAUGCAUUUAAUUGUAGGUGCUUUUGAUUUUGCUAUUCGUUGAAUCCAAUAUUAUCGAUUCGUUGUGUUUAUUUGAUGCUACACCCGGAGAGAUGAAUGCUCGUUGAUCAUUGUUCAAUGAUUUUAGCUUUAUUUCUGA